AUUGUUGUUGUUUUGGAGACGGUUCAGAUUUCUGUUUAAACCGGGAUUUCUUCUGGCAUCUCAUGUCUAAUACCAGAAAAUUUGUAUGUACAAGCCAGUUUUUAUGGUGACUUAGUUCAUGAUGUAGGCAGAACUGAUUUCUAGUAGAUGGUACUGGAAACCAUCUGGUUUUAGUGGGUUACCUGAAUCUUUUCAGGUCACUGUGCUAAAUGCUCUUUAUUACCGAGCUGCUUGGAGAACUUUCCUCAGGUGAGCAAGAAAAAAUCAUGACCAUUUGUGCCAAAGAUGUUCAUGCCAGAGAAGUGUCAGCAAGCUUUCAAGCCCAGAAGAUCUCCAGUUGCAGAGCUUUUGCUUGGCUGUCAUAGCUAUGCCACAGCUGGGAUAAUGUCCAGAAACACUGUUUUGCCAACAUUUGUGAUGCUCACUUUCAGUGCUUUUAUGAGUACUUGGAAAAUACCCCUUGGCAGGAACCUUCGACUGACAGGUGUUAUAUUACUCUAACCCGGGCUCUCCACCUAGCCGUGAGUGGUGCUCCUGCAGGACCAGCUGGCAUAGAUAAGACAGAGAUCAUGGAAGAUUUAGGCUGUGCCCUUGGCAUGCUGGUGUAAAUUUUCAGCUCUUCAGAACACAUGGAUGAUGAGCCUGUAGGGAAUAUCUAUAAAUUUUUGGUCCAGACAGGAGCUUGGGGGUGCUUUGAUGAAUUCAAUCAUCUCUUGGUAGGAGUCUAGUCAGUGGCAUUAGUACAAUUAAAGACUAUCCACAAUAAAAUAAGGAACAAGAAGAAGAGGUUUGUAUUUCUUGGUGAAAACAUUACACCGAAGUCGAGAGUUGGAAUAUUUAUUACUAUGAACCCUGGAUGUGCAGGUCAGACAGAACUACAUGAGAACCUCAGAACCUGUGCUGUGGUUGUCCCUGAUACUGAACUGGUCUCUGAAAUUAUGUUGGCUGCUGAAGGGUGUAUUGAUGCAUGUCUGUUAGCCAGGAAGUUCAUCACCUUGUAACAUCUCUGCAGGGAGCUGCUCCCUGAACAGGGCUUUUAUGACUGGGCACUUCAUGCUAUCAAUGUUUUCAUAAUUGCUGGGUCCCUGAAAAAAGAAGACAAGAACAGACCUGAGGACUGGGUAAAAUCUGUUUCUGUCUUAAGAGACUUCAAUUUGCAUAAAAUAGUGACAGAUGAUAUCCCAGUUUUCACAGGCCUGAUCAGUGACCUGUUUCCAGCUCUGGAUGUUCCGAGGAUGAGGAACCUACAUUGUUUAGUUUCAAUGUUGCUUCAUACGGUAAUAAUUUUUAUGCCUUUGCGUUACAUUUCACGGAUAUUUGGAAAAAAGCUGGAGAAAGAACCUGGUCAUACCUAUGGUCCAGUAAAGAAUGAGAAAUUUAUCUAUUUUACUGGUGAUUUGAAUAUGCCUGAAGUGGAUAGAUAUGGAAUGGAUCAGCCUCAUGCAUUGAUUCGGCAGCAUGUUGAUCAUUGACCCUGGUAUGUUAGGCAGAAGCUAACUAUUAAAGAAAUUCAUAAUUUUCAGUAUGUUGCUUAUAUGAAUCCAGCUGCUGGCAGCUUCAUUAUCAAGCCUAAGCUCCAGAGACAUUUUGCAGUAUUUGCCUUCAACUUCCUUUCUUCAGGCUCCCUGAUUGCCAUCUAUAGAAAGAUAGUUCACUUCCACUUCCAGCAACAAGCCUGUACUCCACCAGUAAUCAAGAACUCGAGCCACCUUACAGCAGUUAUAUGUCUUCACCAGGCAGGAAUUCAAAACUUCCCACCAACUGAUAUGAAGUUCCACUACAUCCUUAAUAUGAGAGACCUCUCCAAUGGCUUUCAGGGCAUUUUGUUUCCUACACCCAAGUGUUUACAGCAACCAAAUGAUAUUCAGUAUCUCUAUCAUGAGUUGGCACAUGUCUAUGGGAAUAAACUAGUGGAAAGCAAAGACUGUAAUUUCUAUUACAAAAUUAUGAUGGACACUAUGGACAAGUAUUUUGAGGUAUGUUUGUAGCUGGAAAGUAUUUUGCCUCAUGCCAGCAAGUUAAAAACUGAGUGGUGAUAGGUCUUAUUUACUGGAACUGUACAUUGCAGUGGGGAGCAACUUGAGGAGCUCCUAGAGAGCUACAAUGAUGCUACUAUGAACCCAAUUUUGUCUGAGGGUGCCAUGCAGCGGGUGUGCUGAAUCAGUCCUAUCCUAUAAGCUUCUAGGGGUUAUGAACUUCUGAUUGGAGUAGGUGGUAAACACAGCUUGUCUGGACUGGCAGGAUACAUCUGCUCCCUGGAGCUUUUCCAAACUACACAGAAGAAACCAGGUGAUUGCCUCCUUUCCUUACAGGUAGAUCUUGCCAGUUUGUACAUCAAGACUGGUGCCAAGAACAUGCCCACAGUGUUUUUGCUGACAGAUGCCCAGGUUCCAGAUGAACGCUUUCUUGUGCUGAUUAAUGACUUGUUGGCAUCAGGAGAUGUUCCAGAUCUGUUCAGUGAUGAAGACAUGAAGGUCAUAGUUGCAGGAAUUAGAAAAGAAGUCUGAGCCCUGGGCCUGAUGGACAUCAGAGAACACUGUUGGAGGUGGCUCUUGAGAGUGUGGCUGCACAAGGCUCUGCUGGAAUCAUCUGCUCAGAGUGAAUACCGAGCAUUUUCUAUCACAUCCUUCUGCCUUUACGUUGGCAUCUUUGCUGGCUGCCACAUCUGUGCCUCUUUUGCACUGCUGAGACACCUGGUUGCAGCCACAACCUCAGCAGCAGGACAGACAUCUGAACAUCCCAGGCAAGCUGUGGAGUCUGUGGUAGAAGAUCUAAAAUCCGAGUUUGCUGCUCAAGAGGCAGAACUGCAACUGAAAAAUCAAGAUACUGAAGAUUUGAUUGCUAAGAUAGGGUUUCAGACUGAGAAACUGAGCCAAGAAAAGGCCAUUGCAAAUGCAGAGGAGCUAAAGAUUUCAAACUGGAGCUUACAAGAGCUUUUUGAGUUUUACAACCUUAAGCGAGUAAAUACCUUGGAGACAAAUCCAAAACACAGCCCUACACCAGCCACUGUGAAGAAAAUUAACUCUACCCCAGCCAAAACCAGCACACUGUCACAUAAAGGGAAAGGCCCCAAGGACCAAAGCUGGAAAACCUUUAUAGGAAAGGUUGAUGGCUCUUUGCAAGAUUUAAUCGACUAUGAUAAGGAGCAUAUUUCUCAGAAUUGUCUGAAGGUUGCCAAGGAGCAUUACUUGAAGGAUCCAGACUUCAACCCAAAUUAUGUUCAUACAAAAUCCUUUGCAGCAGCUGGUCUCUGUGCCUGGGUCAUCAAUAUAGUAAAAUUCAGUGAGGUGUAUUGUGAGAGAGAACCAAAAUGUUGUGUGCUGGCUCAGGCUAACAUUGAAUUAGCAGCAGCUACAGAAAAAGUAGAAGCUAUCAGGAAAAAGCUGCUUUCCAAAAGCACGUGUUGGAGCCAGUCCAUCGAGAACCUCAAAGCACAGAAGAAGACUUUAUGUGGUGACAUCAUAUUGACAGCAGCAUUUAUGUCUUACUUUAGACCCCUCAUAAAACGAUAUCACCAGGAACCAAAGGGACAUUUCAUGACUCCUUCUCUAAAGGUAAAAAAAGCUCCUGUUCCUAUGACAGAGGGCCUGGACCCAAUUGCCACGUUGACAGAUGAUGUUAUGACUGUGGCAUGGAGUAACGAGGGUGAUAGGAUGUCAACAGAAAAUGUCACUAUUCUAACAAACUGUGAGUGCUGACUUCUGAUGAUAGAUCCCCAGCAACAGGGAACUAAAUGGAUAAAGAAUAAAUAUGGAGCUGACCUUAAAGUCAUACGUCUAGGAAAGAAAGGAGAUGUGCAAACCAUUGAAAGAGCUUUAGCUUUUGAUGAGACUGUACUAAUUGAAAACGUGUGUGCCUCUAUUGAUCCCAUGCUUGAUUCUCUGCUUGGAAGACAUGCAGUUAAAAAGGGAAGAUGUACCAAGAUUGAAGACAAAAAAUGUGAAUUCAACAGGAAUUUUCAUCUCAUCCUUCACACUAAACUGGCUAACCCUCACUACAAGCCAGAACUGCAGGCUCAGACCACCCUCAUUAAUUUCACUGUCACCAGGGACAGGCUGGAAGAGCAGCUGUUGGCUGAGGCUGUUCAUGCUGAAAGGCAACACUCACAAAAAUGUAAGAUAGCUGAAGCCAAAGAAAAUGAAGUUCAGGAUAACACGACAAGAGAGCAUUACAGACUGACAGCUGGAGGAGCAUCCCUUCCUUACUCUGGAAGUAUCAGCCCGGGCAGUGUCAGCCCCAUCUACCAGUUUUCACUGAAGGCUAUGGCAGUGAUGGAUGCAUUCAGAGGGGUAGAUAAAGAUAUUUAAAGAUCCAUCAAGAAAUGGAAGAAGUGAGUGGACUCAAAUUAUCCAGAAAAGGAGAAUUUUCCUGGAAGUAGACAAAAAAAAAGCUCUUUUCAGAAACUAGUAAUACUCCAUCAGGACAGAAUGUCGAAUGCUCUAAGGAACUUUGUGCAGGAAAAUCUUGGCUCAAGGUGUGGGAAAAGCACAAGGAUGGAUUUAGCAAAAUGCUAAGAAGAGGGCAGCCCAGCCACUCCUGUGUUUUUCAUCCUGUCUUCAUGACUAGACCCACUUGAAGAUCAUGAGACAAUAGGCAAAAAGCUUGGGUUCACUAUAGACUCUGGAAGAUUUCAUAACAUCUCUCUAGGACAAAGGUGGGAGAUGGUUGCAAAGGAGGCACUGAAGAAAGCUGUCCCUCAUGGCCAUUGGGUUCUUUUCCAAAAUAUUCAUCUAGUAGCCGAGUGGUUCAGAACCUUGGAAAAACUCCUUGGGCAAUACAGUAUUCAUUCUGAUUUCUGUGUCUUUAUCAGUGCUGAGCCAGCUCCAACCCCAGAAGAGCACAUCAUUCUCCAAGGAAUACCAGAAAAUUCAAUUAAAAUUACUGAUGAACCUCCUACAGGGAUGCUGGCUAAUUUCCACACUGCUCUCUAUGGUUUUGACCAGGAUACCCUUGAACUGUGUACCAGAGAAGGGGAAUUUAAAAGCAUCCUUUUUCCUCUGUGCAAUUUUCACACUUGUGUUGCUGGGAGACUGAAGUUUGGCCCUCGGGGCUGGAAGGGAAGGUACCCGAUCAGCACCAGAGACCUCUGUCUGUGUCACUGUUCUCGGCAACUCUUUGGAGACCCACAAGAAGGUGGGUUCCAUGGGCAGACUUGCAUUACCUCCUCGGUGAGAUCAUGUAAGGUGGUCACAUCACAGGUGCCUGGCACCGCAGGCUCUGCUGGGUCUGUCUGCAAGAAUUCCUCAGCCCACUCCUGGUCCGUGAGAAUGACCCACUGUGCGCCAGCUUUGAUAGACCUCGCCCGGGAACAGUCGUAAAGACAGAAGGGCAGCAAGUUCCUGCUACACACCCCAGUAACCCACAGCCUCCCUCUGUGCACACAACUCCCACAGAUGCAGUAAAGCCUGAUUUCAGUGCCAGCAGAGAGACUGUUUGAAGGGGAACUGGCACCAUGUUUCUUGGCCCCAGAAAAUCUGGAUUAUGAUGGAUACCAUAAAUAGAUGGAACAGAUGAAAUGCUUCCACCUGAAAGCACUGUACUAUAUGGACUGCACCCCAAUGCUGAGAUGGGAUUCUUGACAACAGUAUCAGAUAAUCUCUUCAAAACUCCUUUGGAAAUGCAACCCAUAUAUACAUGGGAGAGGGAUCAGGCCAGUCUGCAGAGAAAGAUGGGGAGCUGAUGUUUUCUGCUCACAGGGAAGAGCUGCAAUACACACUCUUCUGUGAUGUUAUGCCAGACACAUGGACUAAACCAGCACAUCCAUUCACACACAGCUUUGUCCACUGGGUUACUGAUUUUCUCAUGUGGUGCCGAGAACUCAACAUCUGGACACAGAACCUUGUGCUGCCAGCAGUGGUGGGGCUCGCUGGCUUGUUCCAUCCUCAGUCCUUUCUGACAGCUGCAGUGCAG